GCACGGCCUGCCCUCUGAUCUCCCGGCCGGCGCCGCGUGUGGAGGCCUGGUCGCUCGGUGUGGAGCCUGGGCUUGGAGUAGACUCGCUGUCCCCGCCCGGAGAUCGCGGCCAUGAGCGCCAUCGAGCAGAUGCGAGCCAAUGUGGGGAAGCUGCUGAAGGGCAUCGACCGGUAUAAUCCUGAGAAUCUGUCGACUUUAGAACGAUACGUGGAGACUCAAGCCAGGGAGAAUGCUUAUGAUCUGGAAGCCAAUCUGGCGGUUCUUAAACUGUAUCAGUUCAAUCCCGCUUUCUUCCAGUCAACCGUAACUGCACAAAUCUUGCUGAAAGCCCUGACGAACCUUCCACACACAGACUUCACCCUCUGCAAGUGUAUGAUCGACCAGACCCAUCAAGAGGAGCGGCCAAUCCAACAAAUCCUGAAUCUAGGUGACCUCUUGGAGACCUGCCACUUCCAAGACUUCUGGCGUAAUCUCGAAGAAAAUGCAGAGCUGAUUGAUGGAAUAACGAGCUUUGAAGAUUCAGUGCGUAAAUUUAUCUGUCAUGUCGUUGGAAUCACGUACCAAACAAUAGAGAAAUGGCUGCUGGCUGAAAUGUUAGGAGAACUAACAGAUUCCCAGUUGCAAGUUUGGAUGAGCAAGUACGGCUGGACAGAGUCUGAACCUGAAAAAAUCUUUAUCUGCAACCAAGAAGAAAGUAUCAAGCCCAAAAAUAUUGUGGAGAAGAUAGAUUUUGACAGUGUGGCCAGCAUCAUGGCAACAGCGCAUUGAUGGAGACACCAAGGCUUCUCAGUUUUGUGUUUGGAAGAAAAUACUCAUUAUUGCUAAUAAAUAAAAACUUGCAAAUGCAUGCAUCGUCUGAUAUAACAAAAUUCACAAAUGAGGAAACUGUUGGCGUCAAAUAGUGUGGAAAAAUUCCUUCUUCUCUUGAACGACUUGUUCUUUGUAACUUGGUUUAUUCUUUAAACAAUCCUCUUGCUCAUUG